AUGGACCUGUCUUCUGACACUCACAUCUGCAUCUGCCUGUGCAACCAUGUUAAUCACGCAGCGCUGACGGGGGCCCGGGAACGGCGGAGGCCGCGCAGGCUGCUGACCGGGCGUGACGUGGCGUCUCCUGGCGCCCGUCAGAGAGCCGGCGUCAAAAAAGCCAAGUUUGAUGGCGCCCAAGAGAAAUUCCACACGUACGUGAGCCUGAAGGUGCAGAAUGUCAAGAGCACGACCGUCGCCGUGCGGGGAAGCCAGCCCAGCUGGGAGCAGGACUUCAUGUUCGAGAUUAACCGCCUGGAUUUGGGACUGACGGUGGAGGUGUGGAACAAGGGUCUCAUCUGGGACACCAUGGUGGGCACCGUGUGGAUCCCCUUGCGGACCAUCCGCCAGUCCAAUGAAGAGGGCCCUGGAGAGUGGCUGACACUGGACUCACAGGUGGUCAUGGCGGACAGUGAGAUCUGCGGCACCAAGGACCCCACCUUCCACCGCAUCCUCCUUGACACCCGCUUCGAACUACCGUUGGACAUCCCUGAGGAGGAGGCGCGCUACUGGGCCAAGAAGCUGGAGCAGCUGAACGCCCUGCGGGGCCAGGACGAGUAUUCGUUCCAAGAUGAGCAGGACAGGCCUCUCCCCGUCCCCAGCAACCAGUGUUGCAACUGGAAUUAUUUUGGCUGGGGUGAGCAGCAGAACGAUGACCCUGACAGUGCAGUGGAUGAUCGGGACAGUGACUACCGCAGCGAGACAAGCAACAGCAUCCCGCCACCCUAUUACACGACAUCCCAGCCCAAUGCCUCAGUCCACCAGUAUUCUGUCCGCCCGCCACCCCUGGGUUCCCGGGAAUCCUACAGUGACUCCAUGCACAGUUAUGAGGAGUUCUCUGAGCCACGGGCCCUCAGCCCCACAGGCAGCAGCCGCUACGCCUCCUCGGGGGAGCUGAGCCAGGGCAGCUCGCAGCUGAGCGAGGACUUGGGGCCAGACGAGCAGAGCCUGCAGGGCUCCGAGCUGGAGGACGAGCGGGACCGCGACUCCUACCACUCCUGCCACAGCUCGGUCAGCUACCAGGACUCGCCACGCUGGGACCAGGAUGAGGAGGAGCUGGAGGAGGACCUAGAGGAGGACCUGGAGGACUUCCUGGAGGAGGAGCUGCCUGAGAAUGAGGAGGAGCUGGAGGAGGAGGAGGAGGAGGUGCCUGAUGACAUCGGCAGCUACGCUGAGCGCAAGGAGGUGGCUGUGGCAGAGCCCAAGGACUUCAAGCGUGUCAGCUUCCCCCCAGCUGCCCCCAAGAAGGAGGACAAGGCCCCUGCUGUUCCUGCUGAGGCCCCUGAUGUGACCAAGGCAGCCCCCGAGCCGGCUGUGCCCAAGGAGGGGCCCAGAGCUGAGCGGGUGCCAGAGCCUGAGCCCCCCAAGGCUGAGGAGAGUUUCAGGCCACGAGAGGAUGAGGAAGGCCAAGAAGGUCAGGACUCUAUGUCCAGGGCCAAGGCCAACUGGCUGCGAGCCUUCAACAAAGUGCGGCUGCAGCUACAGGAGGCCCAGGGAGAAGGAGAGACGUCCAAGUCCCUGUGGUUCAAGGGUGGCCCUGGCGGUGGUCUCAUCAUCAUCGACAGCAUGCCAGACAUCCGCAAGAGGAAGCCUAUCCCCCUCGUGAGCGACCUGGCCAUGUCCUUGGUCCAGUCCAGAAAAGCGGGCAUCACCUCGGCCUUGGCCUCCAGCACUUUGAACAACGAGGAGCUGAAAAACCACGUUUACAAGAAGACCCUGCAAGCCUUAAUCUACCCCAUCUCGUGCACGACGCCGCACAACUUCGAGGUGUGGACGGCCACCACGCCCACCUACUGCUACGAGUGUGAGGGGCUGCUGUGGGGCAUCGCGCGGCAGGGCAUGCGCUGCACCGAGUGCGGCGUCAAGUGCCACGAGAAGUGCCAGGACCUGCUCAACGCAGACUGCUUGCAGCGCGCGGCGGAGAAGAGCUCCAAGCACGGGGCGGAGGACCGGACUCAGAACAUCAUCAUGGUGCUCAAGGACCGCAUGAAGAUCCGGGAGCGCAACAAGCCCGAGAUCUUCGAGCUCAUCCAGGAGAUCUUCGCCGUGACCAAGACUGCGCACACGCAGCAAAUGAAGGCGGUCAAGCAGAGCGUGCUGGACGGCACGUCCAAGUGGUCGGCCAAGAUCAGCAUCACCGUGGUCUGUGCCCAGGGCUUGCAGGCAAAGGACAAGACGGGAUCCAGUGACCCAUAUGUCACCGUCCAGGUCGGGAAGACCAAGAAACGGACAAAGACCAUCUAUGGGAACCUGAACCCCGUGUGGGAGGAGAACUUCCACUUUGAAUGUCACAACUCCUCGGACCGAAUCAAGGUGCGCGUUUGGGAUGAGGACGAUGACAUCAAAUCCCGCGUGAAGCAGCGGUUCAAGAGGGAAUCCGACGACUUCUUGGGGCAGACAAUCAUCGAGGUGCGGACACUCAGCGGCGAGAUGGACGUGUGGUACAACCUGGACAAGCGGACUGACAAAUCCGCUGUGUCGGGUGCCAUCCGGCUACACAUCAGUGUGGAGAUCAAAGGCGAGGAGAAGGUGGCCCCCUACCAUGUCCAGUACACCUGUCUGCAUGAGAACCUGUUCCACUUUGUGACAGACGUGCAGAACAAUGGGGUCGUGAAGAUCCCAGACGCCAAGGGUGAUGACGCCUGGAAGGUUUACUACGAUGAAACGGCUCAGGAGAUUGUGGACGAGUUUGCCAUGCGCUAUGGCGUCGAGUCCAUCUACCAAGCCAUGACCCACUUUGCCUGCCUCUCCUCCAAGUACAUGUGCCCUGGGGUGCCUGCUGUCAUGAGCACCCUGCUCGCCAACAUCAACGCCUACUAUGCGCACACCACCGCCUCCACCAACGUGUCUGCCUCAGACCGCUUCGCUGCCUCCAACUUCGGGAAAGAGCGCUUUGUCAAGCUCCUGGACCAGCUGCAUAAUUCCCUGCGGAUCGACCUUUCCAUGUACCGGAAUAACUUCCCAGCCAGCAGCCCAGAGAGACUCCAGGACCUCAAAUCCACUGUGGAUCUUCUCACCAGCAUCACCUUCUUUCGGAUGAAGGUGCAAGAACUCCAGAGCCCUCCCCGAGCCAGCCAGGUGGUGAAGGAUUGUGUGAAAGCCUGCCUCAACUCCACUUACGAGUACAUCUUCAACAACUGCCACGAGCUGUACAGUCGGGAGUACCAGGCAGACCCAGCCAAGAAAGGGGAAGUUCCCCCGGAGGAACAGGGCCCCAGCAUCAAGAACCUCGACUUCUGGUCCAAGCUCAUCACUCUCAUAGUGUCCAUCAUCGAGGAAGACAAGAAUUCCUACACUCCCUGCCUCAACCAGUUUCCCCAGGAGCUGAACGUGGGUAAAAUCAGUGCUGAAGUGAUGUGGAACCUGUUUGCCCAGGACAUGAAGUAUGCCAUGGAAGAGCAUGACAAGCAUCGUCUAUGCAAGAGCGCCGACUACAUGAACCUCCACUUCAAGGUCAAGUGGCUCUACAACGAGUAUGUGGCGGAGCUCCCUGCCUUCAAGGACCGCGUGCCCGAGUACCCCGCGUGGUUUGAGCCCUUCGUCAUCCAGUGGCUGGAUGAGAACGAGGAGGUGUCCCGGGAUUUCCUGCACGGGGCCCUGGAGCGGGACAAGAAGGACGGGUUCCAGCAGACCUCAGAACACGCCCUGUUCUCCUGCUCUGUGGUGGACGUCUUCUCCCAGCUCAACCAGAGCUUUGAGAUCAUCAAGAAACUCGAGUGCCCCGACCCCCAGAUUGUGGGGCACUACAUGAGGCGGUUUGCCAAGACCAUCAGUAACGUGCUCCUCCAGUAUGCAGACAUCAUCUCCAAGGACUUCGCCUCCUACUGCUCCAAGGAGAAGGAGAAAGUGCCCUGCAUCCUCAUGAACAACACUCAGCAGCUGCGAGUUCAGCUAGAGAAGAUGUUCGAAGCCAUGGGAGGGAAGGAGCUGGAUGCCGAGGCCAGUGACAUCUUGAAGGAGCUCCAGGUGAAGCUCAACAACGUCUUGGAUGAGCUCAGCCGAGUGUUUGCUACCAGCUUCCAGCCGCACAUCGAGGAAUGUGUCAAGCAGAUGGGCGACAUCCUUAGCCAGGUGAAGGGCACGGGCAACGUGCCAGCCAGUGCCUGCAGCAGCGUGGCCCAGGAUGCCGACAAUGUGCUGCAGCCCAUCAUGGACCUGCUGGACAGCAACCUGACUCUCUUUGCCAAAAUCUGCGAGAAGACGGUGCUGAAGCGGGUGCUGAAGGAGUUAUGGAAGCUGGUCAUGAACACCAUGGAGAAGACCAUUGUCCUGCCUCCCCUCACUGAUCAGACGGGCAGGGUGAAAUUGCCAAGCCACUCAGAUGGAACCCAGAUGAUCUUCAAUGCAGCCAAGGAGCUGGGUCAGCUGUCUAAACUCAAGGACCACAUGGUACGAGAAGAAGCUAAGAGCUUGACCCCAAAGCAGUGUGCAGUCGUUGAGCUGGCCCUAGACACCAUCAAGCAAUACUUCCACGCGGGCGGCGUGGGCCUCAAGAAGACCUUCCUGGAGAAGAGCCCAGACCUGCAGUCCCUGCGCUACGCCUUGUCCCUCUACACGCAGGCCACCGACCUGCUCAUCAAGACCUUCGUGCAGACGCAGGCGGCCCAGGGCUCAGGUGUGGAAGACCCUGUGGGUGAGGUCUCCGUCCACGUUGAGCUCUUCACUCAUCCAGGAACUGGGGAACACAAGGUCACAGUGAAAGUGGUGGCUGCCAAUGACCUCAAGUGGCAGACUUCCGGCAUUUUCCGGCCAUUCAUCGAGGUCAACAUCAUUGGGCCCCAGCUCAGUGACAAGAAACGCAAGUUUGCGACCAAAUCCAAGAACAACAGCUGGGCCCCCAAGUACAACGAGAGCUUCCAGUUCACGCUGAGCGCCGACGCGGGCCCCGAGUGCUACGAGCUGCAGGUGUGCGUCAAGGACUACUGCUUCGCGCGCGAGGACCGCACGGUGGGGCUGGCCGUACUGCAGCUGCGCGAGCUGGCCCAGCGCGGGAGCGCCGCCUGCUGGCUGCCGCUCGGCCGCCGCAUCCACAUGGACGACACCGGCCUCACGGUGCUGCGUAUCCUGUCGCAGCGCAGCAAUGACGAGGUGGCCAAAGAGUUCGUCAAGCUCAAGUCCGACACGCGCUCCGCCGAGGAGGGCGGUGCUGCGCCUGCGCCCUAGCGCGGGGUGCGCGGGCGGGCAGCACUGCGCCUGCGCGGGGCGCGCGGGCGGGGCAGCGCCUGCGCGCUGGCACCUCCCGGAUGUGGAGCAUCCGAGCUCUGUGCCGAGGGCGGGUUGCGCCUGCGCCCUUGACUUAGCCCCACUCCCUCCGGGGAAUUGUGAACGGACGACGCCCCGCCCCUCGGGUGGCCACGCCCUAGGACGCGAGGAAGGAAGAAGCCGCGUCCCCUACUUGAGGCCACGCCCGCACCGCCUAGGGGGCCUUUGGAGCUGGGAUGGGAGGGAACCCCGACCCAUAUGGAGGAGGCCAGGUCCCAGGGCUUUGGUACCGGGAGGCCCCGCCUCCUGUCCCCUGGGAAAGCCAUAAGACGGGUCCCCAACCCCUGGGGCCCAAGACCAAUUGCCAAGUAUGGAACUCUCAGCUCUCUCGAGGAGCGGGCCGUGGGUCAGGGGCUGGGCUUCCUGGGGCACCCCCUGGGGUGGCCUGGAGUCUGGAGUGACUGGGAUGCUGGUUGGAGGGCCUUGGGUGGACCAGAGCCCCUUUUGAUGUUUGUGCAAAAAAUAAACGAGGAAAGGGGGGAGGAUGAGAUUUUAAAAGCACAUGCGCCUUCGGGCGCCCAAAAGCUGGGGGCCGAGGGGACGGCUCUUGGGCACCCGGCGCUGCCCCCUUCCCUGUGGGGGUUUGCCUCCCGUUUUCCGCCCGCAUACCCAGUUCUCAUAUCAUAGAAUUCAACCCACCCAUUUGACAGAGGGCAAAACUGAGGCCCAGAGAGCUGCUUGAGACUCAGGGGAGGGUUCCAGCGCCACGGCCAGUCCCCACUCCCUUUGGCCUGUGGGCUUGUGUGCCACAUAGAGGGGUGGGCUGCGACUGGAUGACCAGACACAGCUCCCCAUUGCUGCUAACCUCCCUCCAGGAGACCUCCCCAAUCCUUAUAAGGGAUGGGGGUCCUGGGCCAAGGCCCCCACUGCCCCCUCCCACCUCUGGCUGCCACGCAAAACUCCUGCCCCCAGCCCUUUCCCCCGGGGAGGGACCCCGGGGAGAUACCCUAAGAACUGUUGACCUCACGCCAAAAAAGAGAGGAUUUGGGAUUCUCUGGAUCCAGGCUCCCCCAACCCCUUCUUCCUCUCCCAGAAUUCUGCAGGCGGGAAAGAACAGAAAGAGAGAGACCAGAAAUUCUAAGGAUGUGUGGGUGUGGGUGUGUGCACACACGUAAUAUGCUUAGAGCUUAGUCUCCAAGAUCUCAUUGGUUCGUUCAGACUUCCAGGCCCCAGGCUGCCUCCAGGCGGGGCCUCCACCUGCCUGGAGCUCUUCCUCAGCACGCUGCAGGCAAUUUGGCCAGCGCCCAGCUUCCCCAUUUUAGUGCACGCAGGCAGAACCUUUGGGAAAGUUUGGCAUGGCUUGUCUUUGCCCAGGAUCUGCUUUUCCACGUUGGACCAUCGCACGUGUGCCAUGGAUUUUCCUGCCAGACCGCUAAAUACAGGAUCGUGCUAUGCUAGGGAGAAAUUAAAACAGAGGGAUGAGAUGAGUAGCUGGGCUCCUGGAGUGGUGAGGGCUGCAUCAGAUGGGAAAGGUGAGGGAGGGCUUUCUGAGGAGGUGAAAAAUGAGAAGGAACCACCCAUUGAAGAGAAAAGAGCUCCAGGCAGGGGGAACAGCAGGUGCAAAGGCCAGGAGGUGGGCAGACUUGAAGCACGGCAAGAAGGUCGAUGUGGCUGGAGCUGAGCUAGU